AUGGAAAGAAUAGCAAAGAUACCAAAUUUGAUGAAGAAGCUUGAUGGGAUUAGGAGCUGUUCUCAUUUCUCUCCGUACACGAAUCUCAAAGCAGAGAAGCUCGAGCUCAGCCACCCUCCAAUCGCCAAGAAAGGGUUCCGACCUCCGAGCUCCGGUGAGAGAUCCAGCGUUUCAAUCUCUUUGAUCGGUUUGCAGAGUUCGCGGAUCUUGCAGGCCAACUCAGACUAUUUUGCAAUCAUAGAGCAGGUUGAUACAAAAGCUAUGGAAGAGGUCAACUUCCUCAAAUUUCAAAUAAGGAUGUUUUAUUUGCAUUUCGUACGAUUUGAUGGGGCGAAAGUAGUUGAGUUCUCAAUUGUUUGUUGGUAAAGAGAAGGAUCUUUGUUGAUGAGUUAAUUGCGGAGAAUCAGCACAUUGAUGAUAGACAUGUUGAUAAAAAAUAGAACAUGAAUUUGCAGCAUGGUUUCACCAGUUUGCUCAUGAUCCUUGCAAAGGCAUUUCCAACCAAUUCUUGAAGGACUUAUCAAAAGGUCCAUUAAGGAGCUAUAAGUCUUAUAAUGGAUGCAUUGUAAAUGGCUACAAAUUUCACACAAAAAUUCAUUGCUCAAAUACUGCAACAAUAAAUAAUGGUGUAUAUGUAAAGGGCACGAAUUAUACUAUAGAUGAAAAUGACUACUAUGGCCAAUUAGUUGAGGUUUUAUGCUUGGAGUACCCGGGAUUACCAAUUAAGCGAACAAUCUUGUUUAAAUGUGAUUGGUUUGAUCCAACACCGAAAGUGGGUACCAAAUGUCAUCAACAAUAUAAACUCGUGGAUAUCAAUCAUAAGCGGUUCUUCAACAAAUAUGAACCAUUUGUUCUUGCCUCUCAAGCAAUUCAAAUUAAUUAUGCAACAUGUCCUAGUUUAAAAUGCGACAAGGCCGACUGGUGAGCAGUGUUCAAAGUAAAAGCUAGAUAUGUUGUAGAGCUUCCUAAACAAGUUCAACUGAAGACAUCGACAACAUGUGAAGAACCUUUUCAGCAAAAUAAAAUGGAAGUUUCAUCUAUACAAAUCAAUGUUGAUGAUGAAGAACAAUCUCUAAAUGAUCCAAGUGGAGAAUUGAUUGAA